AUGUUCAAGUUUGAUCAGGUAGCCCUACCGCAGGUACUACUACGAAAGGCCCUCGUAAUUGUUGAUUUUCAACAAGAUUUCGUUGGCGCAAACGCAGCGAUACCCAUUACACUUCCUGAGGGAUAUGCCGACAGGAUAGUGCGUUUGGCGAGAGUAUUUCGUCGUACUGGCGACGUGGUUUGGGUAAACUCUAGGUUUGAAGAGGUAAGGCCUCCGUACGAUGAGCACGUUGAGAAGACGACCCGCGGGCACUCAGACUCCAAAAGCCCAACAUCAGGUUCAGAUGCCUUUCUGAGCUAUGAGAGAGCAAAAUGCAUGCUUUCUUCAAAAAUCGGAGCCGAAGUGCCGCAGUGUGCCAAAGAUGAUGCCGAAAAGAAGGAUGUUUGCUUGGUUAAAUCUCACUAUUCUGCCUUCGAGGGCACGGGCUUGUUGCGCCUUCUCCGGGCAAGAAUGACCAUGGAGGUCUUCAUUUGCGGAUCUCUAAUAAAUGCAGGCGUAUACGCCACUACUGUGGAUGCAGCUGGGCAUGGUCUGACCAUCACACUCGUCAUUGAUUGCUGCGGCUACUCCAGUGAGACCAGGCAAAUCAAGACCAUAGAGGCGGUUCGGGCAUUGACCGGCUGCGAUCUCUCAACGUCAACCGAGAUCAUGCAGGAAGACGGCCAAUAUCUGAACGAACCUGGUGUCGACGAUUUGAAGACAAGCCGUAUGCCUGCAAGCCGCCGGGACAAUGACAUUACACAGUCCAUGAGCGCACUGGCAUUGAAUGCCAUUGCGCCCUGUGCGGCUGAAGCCUGCAUUAUGCAAGGUAGACCAGCAGAAGCAACAGACACAGCGCCUGUCGAUAUUUCACCAGAAGACACAAUAAGCAAUACUAUACCAAGUCAUCCGGCACCGAUGAAUACCUCACCGACCGACGCUAGUGCCCAACAAGACGAUCAACAGAUCCACGGUCUCUGUGAAGGAGAUACUGAUGUGAUUCUGAACCUUCUACCACAAGGGCUUGAGGAUGGUAUUUUCGAGACACUGAGCAAAGAAGUCCAAUGGCAGCGUAUGUCACACCAAGGUGGUGAGGUGCCGCGACUAGUCGCUGUUCAGGGCUACGUUGACAGCGACGGGACUUUCCCAAUAUACCGCCAUCCAUCUGAUGAGUCGCCGCAGCUUCUUAAGUUUUCCCCAACUGUUCUUGAAGUCAAGGCUGUCACAGAGAAGCAGCUGGGUCAUCCAUUGAACCACGUUCUGAUACAGUUCUAUCGAGACGGGAAGGACUACAUAUCUGAGCAUAGUGAUAAAACUUUGGAUAUUGUGCGAGGCUCAUACAUUGCGAACGUCAGCCUUGGCGCUCAAAGGACAAUGGUGCUUCGAACAAAGAGAGCGGAUAAGGAUCCUUCUAAUGUCGAGCAAUCUGCGUCCAGCGAUCGCCGCAAAGUGCAGCGAGUGCCUCUGCCACACAAUUCUCUUUGCCGUAUGGGGCUGAAGACGAACAUGAAAUGGCUUCACUCUAUUCGACAAGACAAAAGAGCUGAUCGCGAGAAAUCAGCAGAGGAGCUGGCUUAUGAAGGGAGACGCAUUUCAUUAACAUUUAGACGGAUUGGGACCUUCUUGAACAAAGACGAAACAAAGAUUUGGGGACAAGGAGCAACAUCGAAAACUAUGGAUACUGCAAAGAACGUCAUCAAUGGGCAAACGGAGGAAAGUAUUGAUAUGUUGCACGCCUUUGGCAUGGAGAAUCACACCUCGAAUUUUGACUGGGACUCUACCUAUGGUAGAGGCUUUGAUGUUCUACAUUUGCGCAGCGCGCCAAGGUUCUUCUCCUCAGCAGAUUCCGUUGUCAAUAUGAGGAUCCGUCUAAUGCUCGCAGAGUAUGACAUUGGAUACGCCAGCGGCAGCAUUACGACACCCACCCCUCGGCCUGGUGAACACAAGCAAACGUCCACGGAUGAUAUUCUCAUCAAAUAUGUCGACAAUGACGAGGACAAGACAGAAGUGAGCGGUGAUCUCGCUAUUAUGCUCUACCUGCACACCAACCACCAAAAGAAGAAAAGCAUCAUGACGUUGACAGAGCUGGCGAAACAGUUCACUCUAUUUCAAAAGUCACUGAAUUUACUCCGGAAGUGGCGCGACAUGGUCAGAGCUCACAAGAACAGCGAAUUGUUGAUAAGAGCUCUAAAGGCUGAAAUACUGCCAUGGGAAUCUUGCACGUCGGGCGCAAAAUACAUUGGCGGCGAUCAACCAAGCCUAGCAGAUUUUGCGCUUUGGCCUGUCUUACACUCAAUGAUUGAAAUGUGUGGAAACGAAGCACUGGCUGAAUCGGAAGCACUUAACACUUAUUAUGAGACUAUGAAGGCAAGGUCGAGUACUGUCAAAAUGUUGGGUAGGCUACAGCAAAUCUGA